AUGCUUCCCCGACUGACUAAACAUUUAAAGUAUGCAGUGGUAUAUUUUCCUGUAGAUGAUUCUGUCUCGCGAAUCGCGACAAAAGAUGUUGUCAUGGUCGAAGGUGGCGGAGAAAUGAAGGAAAAAUUGAAAGUUUUUGUCCUGGUCAAACGUGAGAGAUAUCUGGUGUACAUCUUACAUCUUUCCGGUAAGUAUAUUAACAGAAAUGAAGAUUCAUGAAUGCAAUACUUUAUAGCUUGGUAAAAUUAGAAAGAAUUUCAACUUGGCCAUCCAGGUAAUUUAUAAACAAUUGAGCAACACUGCCGGGAUUUUAACACUCGUGAAUUAUUAAAAACCCUGCAUACCCCGGUGGUCGGGGUUUCAAUUGACUAGUGCAUAACAUUGACAAUUUAUAUAAUAUAUAUUUCUAAUUUUAUUUAUACUAUAGAUGAUUAUUCUUCCGUGAAUCAAGCCGAGGAGAAAUUCUUAAGGUUGACGAAGGAAGAGUUGCCCCAUGAACUCCUGAUAGAAAUGGACAAGUCAGACGAUGAAAACGCCAAAUCCAUCCCACCAGAGGCAAAAAGACUGAAGUUGUCGAAUGCUGCAGAAAAAAGGCAACGGGCAAAGCCAAACAAGAGAAAGAAAAGUAUAUCCAUGGACGACGUUAACAAAGAAAACAUGUUACCAAAAAUGAAAAAGGCAAAGAAAGCAGAGAAGCCGAAACACAAACAAAAGGUAUAUAUACACACAGUAUGACAUAUUAUGUAUGUUAUAAACAGUAUAUAUAUUAUAAGCAGUAUAUACGUGCAAUAAUAUAUACUAUAAAAGUUUAUAGUCAGCAAGACACAUUAGAUAUCACCAAAACAAAAUUCAACGUUAUACAACCUAAUCACGUCUUUAUCAGUAAAAUUUGGGCCGUUUCAAAGGUCACAUUUCGUAUGUGUCGAAUUCAAUUCUGCUUGGGUAGGGCUCGCGAAAAAAGUCUGGAACGAGGUAACAAAAGAGACAGCAUGUAGUGUUAUUGAAAAGUCAUUGCCUUGUCACAUGUUUUGGGUAAUAAUCCUAUGUCCUAUAAUACAUAUAUUUUUAGUGCUUUAAAUAAGACGAGCCACAGCUUAUUUCGCUGGUAUAGUGUAAAAUGGCCCUAUGCUGACUUACUGUGAAUUUGAUUGAAUAUGCUGAAUUGUAUUCGGCACAUGCAAAAUUCGACGUUUGAACCUGGCCUUAAACUUUGUCUUUGACCUCUUUUUUGUAACUUAUACGUUAAUAGAAUCCUGCAGUUCUGGUUAAAACCGGUAAUGGAAACUGGCGAGGUGGCUGAUACAGAUUCGGAGCUUUCCAUCAAAUCAUCCGAAUAUUGUUCAGAACCAGACAGCGAUGACGAACGAAUCCAACCAGUUACGGUCAUCAAUACGGAUGAAGACGAAUCAACAAGUAGCCUACCGCGGGAGGAGUUUGACUUCAUGGACAACAACCAAUCCAUAGUUUCUGGUAUCCCUCAUAGCCCAACAGAAAAGGUUACUUGCUCUACAUUGAUAGAAACGCCUGAUAAGACAGCCAAACCCGUCAUUCCAAAUUCCAGCAUCUGUUCAUACCGAGUCAACACAGCCCCAGAUCAUACAAAAAGACAAAAGCCAAAAUUAUGAAGAAACUCGAUCAAAUUCUUGAAAAUCAAGUUGUCAUUUUAUCGCUACUUGAAAUUCGCACCCAACCUGAUGCUGUUGAGAACCCCACUGGCACUGUCGAUGAAAUUGCUAUGAGACGAAGUCCACCGCCACCACUGCCACAACUUAUCCCGAUGCCGGCGAUGCAAAUAAACAAUCAUCUGAAUGAUGAU